GGCGGAGCCGGCAGUAAGCGAGAGCUGGCGCCUGCGCGAGGAUGGCGGCGGAGGAGAGUCUCCGCGUGGUUCGUUGUGGCGGCAGCGAGUUGAACUUCAGGAGAGCGGUAUUCUCUGCGGAUUCUAAGUAUAUCUUCUGUGUCUCUGGAGACUUUAUUAAAGUUUAUAGCACAGCUACUGAAGAAUGUGUGCAUAUAUUGCAAGGGCACAGAAAUCUGGUGACUGGAAUCCAGCUCAACCCCAACAACCAUCUACAGUUGUAUUCUUGUUCCUUUGAUGGCACGAUUAAACUGUGGGACUAUAUAGAUGGCAUUUUGAUAAAGACUUUCAUAGUUGGAUGUAAGCUUCAUGCCCUCUUUACACUUGCCUGUGCUGAGGAUUCUGUCUUUGUUAUAAUAAAUAAAGAAAAACCAGAUGUAUUUCAGCUGGUUUCAGUGAAACUACCAAAAUCAUCAAGUCAGGAAGUAGAAGCUAAGGAGCUCACCUUUGUCUUGGAUUACAUAAACCAGUCACCUAAGUGCACUGCCUUUGGAAAUGAGGGGGAGUAUGUUGCUGCAGUACGGGACUUUUACUUGUCUGUUUAUUUUUUCAAAAAGAAAACAACAUCGAGGUUUACUUUAUCAUCAUCAAGAAAUAAGAAACAUGCUAAGAACAAUUUUACAUGUGUAGCAUGUCACCCAAAGGAAGAUUGCAUAGCAACUGGUCACAGGGAUGGCAAAAUUCGUCUUUGGAGGAAUUUUGAUGAUGAAAAGAAAUACACAUACACAUGUUUACAUUGGCACCACGAUUUGGUCAUGGAUUUGGCUUUUUCAGUAACAGGCAGCAGUCUGCUGAGUGGUGGCCGUGAGUCUGUCCUUGUAGAGUGGCGCGAGGCAGCUGAGAAGAAUAAGGAGUUUCUCCCCCGUUUAGGAGCUACUAUUGAACAUAUCUCAGUGUCUCCAGCAGGGGAUUUGUUCUGUACUUCGCACUCCGAUAACAAGAUAAUAAUCAUUCACCGAAACCUUGAGGCGUCCGCAGUUAUUCAAGGCCUAGUGAAAGACAGAAAUAUCUUUACUGGUUUGAUGAUUGACCCAAGAACUAAAGCUUUGGUUUUGAAUGGGAAACCUGGCCACUUGCAGUUUUAUUCUCUCCAAAGUGAUAAACAGUUAUACAAUUUAGAUAUUAUACAGCAAGAAUAUAUCAAUGAUUAUGGUCUGAUCCAAAUUGAGCUAACAAAGGCUGCAUUUGGCUGUUAUGGUAGUUGGCUUGCAACGGUGGAACAACGUCAAGAGAAGGAAACUGAGCUUGAAUUGCAAAUGAAACUGUGGACAUAUAAUAAGAAAACACAAGGGUUUGUUCUUAAUACAAAGGUUAACAUGCCACAUGAAGACCACAUCACAGCUCUCUGUUUCUGUAAUUCAGAAAAAUCUGAAAACCCCACCUUGGUUACAGCAAGUAAAGAUGGUCACUUCAAAGUGUGGAUAUUAACAGAUGAUUCUGAUAUAUACAAAAAAGCUGUUGGCUGGACCUGUGACUUUGUGGGUAGUUAUCACAAAUACCAAGCAACUAACUGUUGUUUCUCCGAAGAUGGCUCUUUACUAGCAGUUAGUUUUGAGGAAAUAGUUACAAUAUGGGAUUCAGAGAGGUGGGAACUGAAAUGUACAUUUUGUCAACGAGCUGGGAAAAUAAGGCACCUUUGCUUUGGGAGAUUGACUUGUUCGAAGUAUCUUCUUGGUGCCACUGAAAAUGGCAUUCUUUGCUGUUGGAAUCUGCUCAGUUGUUCAUUGGAAUGGAGUGCAAAAUUAAAUGUGAGAGUUAUGGAACCUGAUCCCAACUCAGAGAAUAUUGCUGCAGUCUCUCAGUCUUCCUUGGGUUCAGACUUGUUUGUAUUUAAACCUAGCGAGCCAAGGCCAUUGUAUAUUCAAAAGACUAUCUGCAGAGAGGAAGUCCAUUGGGGAGUGUUUGUUCCACGAGAUGUCCCUGAAUCAUUCACCUCAGAAGCUUACCAGUGGCUGAACAGAUCCCAGUUUUACUUCCUAACAAAAUCACAGAGUUUAUUGACAUUGAGUACACAGUCCCCAGAAGAGAAACUCACACCAACAAGCAAACAGCUUUUAGCAGAAGAAAGUCUUCCGACAACCCCAUUUUAUUUCAUAUUGGGAAAGCACAGGCAGCAACAGCAGGAUGACAAGUUAAAUGAAGCUUUGGAGAAUGAACUGAUACAACUACCCUUAACAGAAAACAUACCUGCAAUUAGUGAGCUUCUUCACACUCCAGCCCAUGUACUGCCAUCCGCUUCUUUCCUGUGCUCCAUGUUUGUAAAUUCAUUGCUGCUGUCUAAGGAGAUGAAGAGUGCUGAAGAAAUCCCUGGUGAUGUCAAUAUGGAAGAAGAAAAAGAAAGUGAUGAUUCAGAUGAAGAAAAUAAUUUCAUUGAGAAGGUCCAGGAUACAAAUAACACAGAUUUGGGAGAAGACAUUAUACAUCAGUUGUCAAAAUCUGAAGAGAAGGAACUGAGAAAAUUUAGGAAAGUGGACUACAGCUGGAUAACUGCUCUUUGAGCCUUGGAGAAUAGGGGAGGGUUUUGCACUUUGGUUUUGUGGGUUUUUUGGUUUCUUUUUUAUUGUAUGUUUAUACUCCAAAAAUCUAUUUUAAUGUUAUUUCUGUUCUUAAAAUGUUAAAUAUUAACAGGCUUUACUUUUUACAUGACUGGUAAUGUGAAGGUAUAUUUUCAUCACGUUUUACAGUUGCUAUAUACAUCAUCUCAUUUCACUUAUCAGCCCUAUAGGGUAGCUAUUUUCUUCACAGGUGAUGUAGCAGAGCUGGGACUUGAAUUUAUAUAGCAUAAGUCCCCUUAUCUGCAGUUUGGAGAUAAAAUAUCAUCAACAAAAUCUUUUGACUUUUUAUAAGUUCAAAAUUCAUUUGGUAGCCAAAUAUGAAUUGAACUGAUGUGAGGUUCUCUCUAGUCUUGUUUUAUCCCUCUUAGUGUAUUUCUCAGAGAAAUUUAGAGAAAUGAUUUGAUUAUGCUGGUAUUUCACAGACCCACUGAGGAUGUUGUAUAAUAUGAGCUGCCUAAAAUCUGAAAAUGUCUAAAUUCAUAUCAUCUGGUCCCAUACCUUUCAGAUAAGGUCUUGUCUACUAUACUUGUAAAUACAAUUUUCAUGACAGCCUUGGCAGAUGAAGAAGAGCUGAUAUUACUCUGUCAGUGUUAUGCCUAUGUAUACUGAGUCAAAUAACAACUGCUUUUUAACCACAGUCCCAUUGCUAGUAGAAAAGAAUGCAAGAUUCCUUUGUAUUACCUAAAGUAGUGAAAUUUCUGCAUUUUAACCACAGCAUUUGGAGUUUUCCAGUUCCAUGAUACACUUCCAUAAAAUUUAUAUUUAAAAAGUUAACAAAAACGGGUGUACACAUCACAAAAGCAUAUCUCAGGGAAUGUUCACAAAAUUGCUGUAAGUGGCUUUUUAAGUAUGUCUGAGUCAGUAUCCAAGUAAGGUCUAUACAUUCAUUUAAAUAGCUAGACUGAGAUAAAGAGAACUUACAAAGUGUACAAUUCACCCAUUUAAAAUGUACAAUUCAGCAGUUUUUAGUAUAUUCAGAGUUGCACAUCAUCACCACAGUCAAUUUCAGACCAUUUUCAUCAAUCACCCCAAAAUUCAACCCAUUACCAGUCACUCCCCAUUAUUCCCAGCCUGUCCCACCCCAUGCCAUAGGCAGCCACUAAUAUUUCUGUCUCUAUAAAUUUGCUUCUUCUGGAUAUUUCCUAAAAAUAGAAUCGUAUAAUAUGUGGGCUUUGUGAUUGGUUUCUUUCACUUAGCAUUCAUUCUGUAGCACAUAUCACUACUUCAUUUCUUUUUACUAUUUUUAUUUCAGCUAGUGAUAUACCUAGGAGCAGAAUUACUGACUCACUUGGUAACUCCGUGUUUAACUUUUUGAAGAAUCACAAAACUGUUUUAUAAAUCAGCUGCACCAUUUUACGUUACUUACAUGACGUGGGACAUGAGUUGUUCCACAGUCUGAUCCGUUAAAUUUAGGACCCUUUGCAGGCUUAGUUUUUGAGGCCAGUGUUUGAGGUUCUUGGGAGGAUUCUUUAGCUGUCUCUCUUCCUGGUUCUUUUUUGUAAACUAGCUGAUGUGUGGAUUAGCUUGUUGUUUUCAUGGAGCUACUAGCCUCCUCUUAAUUGCUUACCACCAAAAUCUCCAUUGCUUUCAAGAAUACCUUAGGCUUGAACUUCACUCUAUUUCAGAUAAGAUCAGAAUUCUGUAUUCUUAUGGACUGUCUCUUGCUCCCGGGCAAAAUCUCUCACCCACUGUCCAGAAAGGGGGGCUGGGGGAGGGGUGAGGCACAAUGGCUCCUGUCAGAGUGACACCUCUGCUUUACUAACGGUGGAGAUAAUAGCCUCUGGUCUUUGUCUCUCCUGACAUGGAACCUCUGCCCUAAGUACCUGGGGCAAGGACAGCCAGGUGACCAGUAUUCUCAGCCUGGGGAGUGAGGCUGACAUAGUUAUGUUAAUUAUUUUGCCAUAUUCAGACACUGACAUAGUACCUCCAGGUUUAUUUUUUGCAGUAUGUAUAUGAAAGGUUUCAUACUUUGAAAUCAAAUUACUUGAAGUAAAUUUGGAGCUUUUUAAAAUGAUGAUUAUAUAAUCUGAAUAAC